CAAACAGUGUCUUUUUUCCAAAAUGAAAGUCGCCCUGACGCAUGAUGCGUUGACAUAUUUGACUUUUACCUGCAGAGACUCAGAAACAGGUGAAACUGUGGUGAAAAAAGAAGUGAGAGAUCAGAUCUGUGCGGUCUGAUCUGCAGCAGCUCCGGUUUUCUUCUCACUGCGGAUCAUUUUAUUUUGCAGAGGAACUCUGACUGACUCGGUGUGUUUGGAUUGACUCACGUUGGAACCGAUGUCGUGCACUGACAGCAGCGCUGACGCGUGCGGUGGGUGUCGCAGGGCAAAGUUUACACACCCACCCACACGCGGACAGCAGUGACACUCCGCGCUGUGCGCUGCAUGCAGUGAGGACGGCGAGGGAAUCCGUCUCGUAUGACACACACAGCGCGUGUCUUCAAUCAGCUUUGAUCGGUCAGCCUUCAUUCAGAAGGAGGACGCGCGUGCAUGACCGUAACAGCUGCUGUUCUUCCUCCUACCCGGUUUAUUCUGACCUGAGAUCAGCGAGAGCCAUGGGUGGGAGUCUGGGAUGCCACCGCUCCAUCCCCAAGGACCCCACCGACUUCGGCUGCGGCAAGCGCAAAUUCAGCGCCGCGUGCAAUUUCGGCCACAUUCUGGUGAACCAGGAGCGGCUCAACAUCAACACCGCCACCGAGGAGGAGCUCAUGACCCUGCCGGGAGUCAACCGAACUGUGGCGCAGAACAUCGUGGAGUACCGAGACUGUAUCGGUGGGUUCAAAAAGGUAGAGGACCUGGCUCUGGUGAGCGGGAUCGGAGCCACCAAGCUUGAGGUGAUCAAGCUGGAGAUCUGUGUCUCCAGCCGCACGAGCUCGUCCCAACACUCCCCGUCCUCGCUGCGCAAAGACUUGGAGCACCAGUCCUACACCGGGAUCAACAUCAACACCGCCACUCCGGCGCAGCUCAUGAGCAUCCGAGGCAUGACGGAGAAGAUCGUGAAGAACAUCGUGGCCUACAGGACGGAGCACGGCCCCUUCAAGAGCAUCGAGGACCUGGUGAGGGUCAACCACAUCAACAGCUCCCUGCUGGACAAAAUCCGCUUCCAGGUGUACGUUGAGCGCUCCAGGGCGCCUUCAACCAACACCAACGGGGGACAGACCAGCACCUCCAAGUCUCACCCCAGCCCCACUUCAGUCAGUAUCAGGAGCGAUGAGCUGGACCUCCCGCCAGGUGGACCGACUCAGAUCCUCUCUGUGCGGCCGAACGUGGAGCCCCUGCUCGGGUUGCGGGACGGGAAGCCCGUGGUGCGUCUGGCUACGUGGAGCCUUCAGGGCUGCUCCUGUGAUAAGGCCAACAACCCGGGAGUCAAAGAGGUGGUGUGCAUGACCCUGCUGGAGAAUGACAUCAAGUUGCUGGCGGUCCAGGACCUGCUGGAGCGGGAAGCUCUUGAUAAGUUCUGUGUGGAGCUGAAUCAGGGAACUCUGGCUAGCGUACGGAAGUGGAAAUGGCCACGAGGGGUCUGGAAAAGUGUCACGUCUGAAAAAGCUACUGGAUGUUCCAGUAAGGGAGGGAGUUACUCCGGCUUCCUGUGGGACAGCUCAUCAGGUAUUGAUCUGAAGGAUGCUGUAGUCCUAGAGUCACCUGUUGUCAACGGCAACGGGAAUCAUGCAUAUCCUCAACCCUUUCUGGCUCACUUUUUAGUUGGUUCCACCGAGCUGACGGUGGUAAACGUGCACAUGCAGGCCUCCAUGGGGGAGUCCAACAGUAAAAACCACACAUCGGACGAAGCCAAGUCUCAGCACCUGUCGCCCAGCAUCCAGGAAACACUCAAAGGUGAAAAGGACUUGGUGUUAUUGGGAGACUUUGGUUCGUCUCCUCAAAGCUCCGACCUUGACAUACUGAGAAAGGAGAAGCUCUGCUCCCUGGUACCAUCCAUCCAGUUCACCAACAUCAGCACCCGCACCCCCCAGGGCACCCGCUGCCUGGAUAACAUCUGGGUCAGCCGCUCCGUCAAGAAGAUCUACUCAGGCCAUUGCAUGGUAGUGCGGGAGGGCUUGACUAAUCCCUGGAUACCAGAUAACUGGUCAUGGGGUGGUGUAGCGUCAGAUCACUGCCCAGUGGUGGCUGAAUUUUAUACAGAUUCAUCCUCUAAGGAGAUGAGCAGACCUGGAAUGGCAGUGGUGGACAGAGGAGACAUUAUGCCCAAACAUGAGCGGUGACAGCAGUCACAGUCGAGAUGGUGGACAUCACUGGGACGUUGACCCACCUGGAUCCUGCUAAGUCUCAGUGGCUGUGGAGCAGUUUCCUGAUGAAUGUGAAAAAGUGCCAAGAUUGCCUUUUGGGUUUCAGUAUGUAUCAUAUUGACUGAUAAGUAAUUAAGCCAUAAAUGUUGAUUU